UAGAUAAAAUUCCGAACUAAAGCGAGGGAAAGCGUUUUCAUUCGUUGGUUGGAAGCCGCGGCUAUCAGUGAUCACUACCCGUCUGUCUGUAAUCUCGGUGAAGUUUAAGUUCAAGGACUUUUGUGCACCUUUGUUUGUUUAUUUCAGGUGAGGGCGUCCAUUUCCCAGACUCGUGCGCAGGCAGUGGGCGGGCGCCGACCGCGCACUCAGUUAGAGACAGGCAUCGCCGCCGCUCGCACGAAUCUGAACGCCGCACAAGCGCUGAACGAACGACUUAAAGAUGGCCACCGGCCCGAAGAUUGUACACAAGCAGUUCAACUCGCCCAUCGGGCUGUACUCCCAGCAGAACAUCAAGGAGACGCUCACCAAGCACAUGUCGAACCUUGGCAACGGCACUGUGGGAAUUGACUUCAGUGACCCGACCACAGACAAGCCCGCGAACUUGGCCAACUCUGCCGUUCUGCGGAUGCUCGAGGAAGAAGAACGCAACCGUGGCAGGGGACGCCCCAAGUUAGACCCCACCCAAGUGCUGGCGAUCAAGCGGAACAUGGUAUACAUGCGCCAUCCAUUUGACCGGUACUGGCCUCCGGAUAACGCGAGGAUGCGAUCAGCUCGCAGCUGGGAUGGCCAGCUCAACGCCACAGGGAAUAUUUAUUCAGACUUUAUGAAGGCUACUAAAGGCCAGAAGAAAGUAGUGUGGCCACCAGUGCCCGAAACGAACGGAUAUCAUCAACCACAACAGCAACAGACUCCUGCGUACUACAACAACGCGCAGCAAUCCCCCGCCUCCCCCCAGCCCCAAUACCAGUCCCAACAACAACAGCCCCAGUACCAACAACAACCUCAAUACCAGCAACAGCCCCAGUACCAGCAACAACCCCAAUACCAACCGCAGCCGCAAUACCAACAGCAGCCCCAAUACCAACAACAACCCCAGUACCAACCACAGCCCCAGUACCACCAGCAACCCCAGUCCCCGCAGCCUCAGUACCAAGCCCCCGAGUCGGAUCCUUCGUACUGUGAAGGCCGGCGACAGGAGGCCACAGGGCUGAGUAAGCUGAUCCCUGUCGGUCCCGGUGUUACCGCGUCCUACCGGCCAGGCCCACCAUCACCAGGCGUCGCGCCGCAGCCCUAUCGCCCGGGACAAAGCCGCUGGGCACCAGUACCAGCCCCUCUUUCCCCUCAGAUCCAAGGCUCGCAGCCGGGGUACCCGUCACAGCAGCAGCUGUCGCCGCAGCAGUACUCGCCACAGCCGCAGUACUCGCCAUCGUACUCGGAGCCCUCGUACCAGGCCCCACAGAAGCAGUUCGAGCCCCCACCAGCGACGAUCACUCUUCGUCAGCAACAGCCUGUGCACCAGAAACCUCCACCGGUUUUCCCUAGUCAACCCGCCACAGCUUCAUUUCAAGGAGGCGUCAACAUGCGUGGGGACCAGAAGUGGCCACCGCAGUCGGUGAAAGAGGCGGUUGCCGCUGAGAACGAAGCCAGAAGGCAGUUGGCCAGGGGCCCUGCCUGCAGACCGCGCAAGCUGCGCCAAUAUUCGCUUGCAGAAUUAGUUGCAAUGAACGAGGUGUAGGCGUUCCCAGUCCGUACAUAGCCGGACUUUAUUACGAAGGUGUUAAGAAGGACUAUUCAAGCUUCUUCGCGCAGCACGCUCUCAACCACAACUACCCCGGAUACCGCGCGCCCCCCGGCACACAACACUAUGAUGACAACUCAGGCCGAUCUUCAUACUAAACUAGAACUUAGUAUUUACUAACAUAUCCCUCACUACAAUGAAUAUUAUAGUCUGACAAUCGGUCUAUAACCCGAAUGGGAAUAUUCACAAAGAUGUUCAAAUUCGAUUUAAUUAAUUUUGUUGACUUUACUCAUGUCAGAAUGUCUAGUGUCUACAUAUCUAAUUAAUUAGGGGACAAAACAUUUUGUAACGUCAACAAAAAUAGUAGGUAUCAUCUCAUCAAAGUAAACAUCAAUCAAUUUAAUUGAUUCGCUUAAAGCGCGGGGAUUUUGAGUAGGUACUUGUAUAGACUUUAGGUGAUAAAGUCUUGAGGCAUGUACGAAUUGGAAUUCAAUCAGUACUUAAUUGUAGGAUUAAUUUAUUUUUAACCAUUAUUUAGGAUGUAAGUAAAUAUAUAAACUUAAAAAAAUAUAUAAAAAUAACAGUCAUAUUCAUAAAUGAUUAUUAAAAAAAUGUAAUAAUAUCAUUUUCGUUUAAUUAUAUUAUUCUUUAUAAAAGUGCGGCUUUAUAAAUUGCGAACAAAUCCGAAGUUGCUUUUAAAUGUAACUGUAAAUAAUGCUCAACUACCCAAUGUCAUAAACAGUUUUUUUUUAAGAUUUUAAAUAUAACACCCAAACAGCUAUUAAAUAAAAUAUUAUAGUAAGUAAAGGAAAUGUUUGUGAUAUUGGAUAAUUAUAAAUUCGAAGCUUUCGCCAACGUACAAUUAACAAUUGGCUAAACUUAUUGUACCUUCCUAGUCAUGAAGAGAUUAUACGAAUAUUUUGUAUAUAAAAUGUUAAAUGGCUUUAUCGAUUUGGUAUUCAUUAUGUAAUUAUAUUUUAAAUUAAAUAAAUUAUAUUAAAUGCCAA